AGUUCUUACCAAUAGCACUUUAAUUGAAAUGAAUUACUUUCUUUUGCAGAUCAGAAUUCAGAACAAAGACAUUCACUGCUUUCCAAGCAAUGAGAUUUGCUGUUGAAGAAAUUAACAACUCAACUGAUCUGUUGCCAGGCAUUACUCUCAGUUAUGACACUGCUGACAGUUGCUUUGAAGUUGUGGACAUCCAAGCCAUAUUCAGGUUCCUUUCAGGCAAGCGAGAAGCAGAGCUGAAGAUAUUAAUCAAUUACACAAUUUACCAACCCAAGGUAAUUGCUGUCAUUGGACCACCUUCAACAGAUGUAGCAAUUAGCAUUGCCAGAUUGUUAGAUUUCUUCCUUGUUCCUCAGACCAUUCCAAGUGACAAGAACCAAGCAAAAGCAAUGACACUAGUGAUAUAGGAAUUUAACUGGAAGUGGAUUGCUGUUAUCGGG